UAUGUUGUCUAUGCAGUAGAGCGUAUGGGUAAUGAGUUCCGCACUUGCUGUUGAUGACACAUUCGUCACACCACGCGGAAGUAGGAGUGAACACAACACAUCAGGCCACCACCAGUUGCAGCAAAAGACCUUUGAUCAUUCAGCUGAAGAUACUGCGUUGGCAUUUCGGACUCCAAGCCUGACCAGCAAAAGAGAGAGUGGUAAUCACGUCUCCUAGGAAAGGGGACCUGCAUACUUGUCAGUAGUAUGAGAUCAUCGCUUAGAGUCUGUCUGUUACUCGGAGCAGUCAUCAAGUAUGCAUUAACUGAGCAAGAAUACAUAUGCGGUGUAGGACCUCACAAUUACACUAUCGACUCUCCAGCUUUUACCAUCUACCAGCUAGUACAACGACGCGUUAAUCUAACUAUUCCAUUGGCGGGCAACAAAUCGGAGUCAUAUAGAUGGUAUUUCUCCGAAGGAAAUUCUAAAUUAGAAUCUAAAACAUUUCAAGUGCUACGUAACAAUGGAACUAUCGAAACAAUCAACUCGAAUGCUACUAUACUUUUACAAAACUCCAAUUACAGCAGAAUUCAAAUCGCUGGCAUUCAAGUUGUAAAUAAUAAGACAAAUCUUCGAGGCAAUUAUGUUACAAUUAACAUUGGCAACUUUCCUGCUGUUGAGCUUUUAGACGCAACCAUUUGCGACAACAGCAUCUCAGUCUGCGUCAAUAUCACUGGCACUCCGCCUCCUAUUACUACCAUACUGGCCUUAGAAGACGUCAAUAUGGCAGCUAAAAAUCAAACUCAAUUUUGUUCUACUUUUGACAAACCUAGCGUUCUAAACAUUCUAACUGUCUUCAUUACUGCAUCUAAUUGUUUUGGAAGUACUACUGCAAAUGUAUCCAUCAGUUUUAUAAAUGAUAUUUCUCGUUGCAAUUUUACGACUUGCUCAGCUGUUGAAAGUUCCGUAUUGAAUCCUCAGCAGCUUGCUAGUACAGCAAGUGCUAUUUCGUGCAGCUUUACGUCCGUCACUCGAAAUCAGCUUGUUUCUUCGAGACCCACUAUUGCUUCGACAGACUACCUUAGAACAAGUCCAUCUACAUCAGAUAAACAAACAAGUACUCCUACAUCGAUCAAACAAACAAGUCCCUCUACAUCAGAUAAACCGACAGGUUUUCCCAUGCAAGCAAAUUCAACUACAUCAACUAAAAAAACAAGUUCAACAAGAGGAAAUCAACAAAAGUCAAGUCAGUCGACAUCUUACCAACAGAGAGUGAGUCUAACUACAGAAUAUCGUAAGUUAGCUACCAAUUCAAUGGCAAGAGGAACGUCUUCUCCACCUCAGAAAGAUUCUACUUCUCAAGGAAUUCCUGUAUACAUUAUUGUUGCAGCAUGCGUUGGUGGACUAGUUUUGAUCGUCGUGAUCGUCAUCAUUAUUGUUUGCUGCAAACGAAAAUCAGCUCGCAAAAGAGAAUUGAACUCAGACCUUCAAACAACUGAACACAUUUAUGCAAACAGUAAUACCGCAGUAUCUGUAUAUAGCAAUACUACAGAAACAAAGUUUGGGGUAGAUGUGAACGUCGACGGUACCCCAUCCGAUUCAAUGACGUUUUUGCCGUCCAAGCAAGGUCCCAAGGCAAAAGACGUGUUAUCGACUCCUCCCGAAGAAGAAUCUGCUGAACAAUCCAAACUCUCGACUUUACUUUCUAACGUCGUUGAAACGCAUCCAGCUACUCCGGGAGAACCGCUACACCCAGACGACCAGGCAGCUGCAGCCACUGACGAUGAUAGAAAAUCAGCAAACCAGGGUUUGCCUCAAAACGAAGAGACAAGUAUUGAAACAACCUCUACAGUGAACCCAGGGGAGCAUUACGCUGUACCAAGGUGUCCCAACGUCUCUGGACCCCUGGAAACUUCGAAUCCACAGAUUCCUAUCCCGUUCUAUGAAAUCAUUCCGUGUCGGAAGGCCGACGAAGUGGAUGACGUCAACGAUGUGACGUUGAUAGAAUCUCGGGUAGAAUUCAACCAAGACGCUAAAAAUAAAAAGGGAACUUUCAAAACAGCAGAAGAUAGCGGAUCUUUUCAAGUUACUACACUUUAUGCUACAGUCGACAUGGCCAAGAAAACAACCAAAGAAGAACCUUCACCAAAGACGAGUGAAGUUCAGUAUGCAGAGCUAGAAACUAGUUUUUCUGGCUCGAUCCAACAGCUACUAGCAAAAACAAGUGUCAUAUAUUCUGAAAUGAAUUCUGAGCAGCCACCGCCAAGAAACGACGGACAGGAACUCUGAAGAGACUCAGAAACGCAAAGGUUCAAUCAACGGUUUAACAUUCUUCAUACAUUAAUUAUUCGCUGUUUAGUUAGUUUCGGUUUUAAGCAUUUAUUCCUUUUUUGCGUAGCAUUUUAAGAUUUUUUGAUUGUCAACUUUAGCUGUGACGGUGCUAACAGUUACAAAGAGACAAAACAUUCGCUUUAUUGUACUAUCAUUAAAUUACACAAAAACUAGUCUUGGAGUAGCUUCGUAGUAGUAAUCAGGUGUCAAACCAUA